CUCUUCUUCAUCAUCAAAGAACACAAGCCCACUUCUCAAAAUCCAAACUUUCGAUAAACUCUAAACCAUGGGUUUGAUUCCAUCUCAAUCAGUAGAAGAUUCACACUACUACACCCACAAGAUCUUCCUCUUCUCCAACUACAUCCUCCUCGGAGCCGCCACGAGCUGCAUCUUCCUCACCCUCUCUCUCCGCCUCAUCCCCUCCAUCUGCGGCUUCCUCCUCAUCCUCCUCCACACAACCACCAUCGCCGCCGCCGUCUCCGGCUGCACCGCCGCUUCCUGCGGGAGGAACCGGUGGUACGCCGCUCACAUGGUCGCCACCGUGCUCACGGCUAUCUUCCAGGGCUCCGUCUCCGUUCUCAUCUUCACCAACACGGCCAACUUCCUCGGGAGCCUCAAGUCGUAUGUCCGUGAGGAAGACGCCGCGGUGAUCUUGAAGCUCGGCGGCGGGCUCUGCGUUGUGAUCUUUUGUCUUGAUUGGGUUGUGUUGGUAUUGGCUUUCUUCUUGAAGUAUUACGCUUAUGUCGAGGGUGGUGAUAGAAGUGUUGUUGCGGUGAAGAGGAGUGGUAAGGUGCAGAGUGAUGAGAAUCCUAAGGAUUGGCCAUGGCCUUUCCAAGUUUGAAGUUACUGUCUUUGUCUUGUCUUCUUGUGUUGUUGAGAGCUAUUAUCAGUAUCAAAUUGUUGGUUUUUGAUCUGUGUUCUGUCGGUGGUAUUGUGAUUUGUUCAUUUGUUGUUUGUAUCUGUCAUUGUUGGCAAUGAUUGACUACAUAUAUAUAAUAUGUGUUUCGUUCCUA